CUUUUUUCCGUUUUUUUUUUUUGUUACAUUUUUUUUGCGGGGCGACCUUUGUGAACUUAUCGCGAGCUUGCCUGUGUUUAUGUGCGCGUGUGUGUGAGUGUUACAGCUGCGAAAAAAAAGAAAGAAAUAGCAGCCAUCCAUGACUUUCAGUGGAAAGCAUCAAAAAUGAUCCAACACACGAUGACGAAGCGCAAGACAUUGAUAAUGGCCUUCUUUGGCAUUGCACUUGGCCUCUGCAUCGGCACAGUCCUUAAGAACUAUCGCACAUUGGAAAUUGUGAAACGGUGUAGCCUGAGGCCCACAAACCUAAAGACGCCCCAUGAGAUCAUUGGCCUGGACGACGAGGACACAAUACAGAACUCUCAGCAUAAUUUGGUGUUUGUGGGUGUGAUGACAGCCAAGAAUUUCAUUGAGGGACGUGCUCGUGCCGUAUACGAUACCUGGGGGAAAGAGGUUCCCGGGCGUAUUGCGUUCUUCAGCUCUGAGGGCAGCUUCUCGGACGAGUUGCCAGUGGUGGGUCUAAAGAAUGUGGACGAUCGAUAUCCGCCACAAAAGAAAUCAUUUAUGAUGCUCUACUAUAUGUACGAGCACUUUAUCGAUCGCUUCGAAUGGUUCAUACGCGCCGACGACGAUGUAUAUAUAGAGCCUGACAAAUUGGAGCGUUUUUUGCGCUCGAUAGAUAGUUCGAAGCCACAGUUUAUAGGACAGGCGGGCAAGGGAAAUACCGAGGAAUUCGGACUGUUGUCAUUGGAGUUUGACGAGAACUUUUGCAUGGGUGGACCGGGCGUUAUUUUAAGUAGCGAGACACUGCGUCGUGUGGCGCCUCAUAUUCCGACCUGUUUGAAAAAUCUCUAUAGCACACACGAGGAUGUCGAGGUGGGGCGUUGUGUGCAAAAAUUUGCUGGCAUACCGUGCACAUGGAACUAUGAGAUGCAAUACAUUCUUCGCCACAACUCAAGUGGUCGAAACGCCUAUACGGGGAAGCUAAAGCGCAAGGAGAUCCAUAAUGCCAUCACCCUGCAUCCUAUCAAGCAGGCACCGCUCAUGUAUCGCCUUCAUUCCUACAUACAGGGUCUCAAGGCGGAGGAGCUACGUCAAGAGUCGUUGCAGCUACACCGUGAUAUCAAACGCAUGGCUAAGUACUUGGAAGUUCCCGACGAGAGCACCUUCAUGCUACCCAGCAUGAGGCCAGCCAGUGCCACCGCACAGAGCGACAAUCGCAAGCGCCACUUUGAGGACCACAAUAUAUUGGGCAUAAGCCCCGAGCUGAAUAAAUUUGUGCCCCAAAGCACUUCCGAUUUGCUGGAUUGGGCCUUUAUUGCGCGCAGUAUAUACUCAGUGGAGGGUGCCAAUCCGAAGCAGAAGAUCGACUCGGCCAUGCGGGAGGGUCUCGAGGACGUGAUUACCGAGGUUAUGGAGAACAUCAACAAUUAUUCACGUCAGCGCGGACGCAUUAUUGAGUUCCGGGAACUACUCUAUGGGUACCAGCGACUGGACGCAUUACAUGGCCAGGAUCUCAUACUCGAUCUGUUGCUGAUUUAUAAAAAAUAUCGCGGCAAGAAGAUGACAGUGCCGGUACGAAGGCAUCUUUACGUCCAACGUGCCUUCACAGGCAUCUUUAUAAAGGAAUUCGAUGAGGAUUUCUACAAUGUUACCCAGCAAAGUUUGAUUGGCAGCUUACUUCACCGGAGCAUGGCACGCUUGAGCAGCCAUUUCACCAUGCCCAGCUACCUGGCGCCCACCACCACAGAUAAGAUAGUGCUAGUGCUGCCCAUAGCUGGCCGUUUGGCCACCUUCGAACGCUUCCUGCUCACCUACGAGAGCGUCUGCAUUGUUGCUGACCAGCACUGCGAUCUGCUCGUCGUUAUCUUUGGAGCACCCGAAGAGCUGGGUCCACAUAUCCAGCUGCUAUUGCAGUUGCGCAUGCGCCACGUAUACCAACAGAUCAAUUGGAUACAGAGGAAUGCGGAAUUUUCCCGGGGCGUAGCUCUAGACAUUGCCGCACGCUCCUCCUAUAUUGAGGAGCAGGACAUUAUACUGUUCAUAGAUGUGGACAUGAUCUUUCAGGUGGAAACGUUACAGCGUGUGAGAAUGAACACACAGAAGGGCCGACAGGUCUAUUUACCCAUCGUAUUCAGUCAAUACGACCCGAAGCGUCGAGAGGGAACUGGAACUGGAACUGGAUCCACCUCCACACAGCCGAUUAUUGAUGACGAGUCCGGCUACUUUCGACAGUUCGGGUUCGGCAUUUGCGCAAUUUACAAGUCGGACAUUCUGGAUGAGGACAUCAAUGGCUUCGACAAGGACAUCACCGGCUGGGGUCUGGAGGAUGUGAAGUUUUUGGAGAAGAUUGUGCGCAUGGGCACGCGCCAGCGCAGCUUCCUGGUCAACACGGCAGAGGUCCCGAUAGGCUAUAAUGAAGCUGCCGAACAGAUGCGUCGCCUGACCAUCUUCCGGGCGCCCGAUCCGACGCUGGUGCACAUCUAUCACGAUAUUACCUGCGAUAUCCAGCUCGAGGCCACCCAGUACAACAUGUGCUUGGGCACCAAGGCCAAUUCGCUGGGCAGUACGCGACUAAUGGAGCAGCUGUUCUAUCAGAAUCGCGACAAUAUCGAGUUCAUAGCCGAGUUCAAUAGACAGCGGCAGACGAGGUGAUAACGGCAAUCAACAAUGCCUUGUGUAUUCCUAGUUCCGAAAGUAUUAUGUUAAAGGUUUCCUAUGUGUGAGUGAGUUAGCUACUUAUUGUGUGUAAGGGAGAUGGGCACACAAAUCUCUUGAGAUAGACAAGGGUGGAAUAUGUGCUUCCCCGGACCUCUCUACAAUUGAAUGAAACAUGAAAUGAGAAAAUCUAUGCAGAUUUGUCCUAGCGCCAUGAAUUCAAAUUUGUAGCACAGCAGGGAUCCAACAAGGACUAUGCAAUUUGAUAGUUGUAACAUUUUUUCUAUAUACGGCACUCGUGUAAAUGUCCAUUAUUUUUUUUUUACACUACAUACAUACUUGUAUUAAGAAAAGCAAACCUUGCUUUAAGCUGUUUCUAGCCUAAAGAAUUAAACAAGGGAUUUCCAAAUCUGGCAAAUGUUUUCAGCUCGUAACUCCUAAAAUAUAUCGAUCCGUUAAGUAUUCUUUGUUUUUUAGACUGAAGUUCCCAGUCACAGUUCGCCUUAAGUUAUUAUAACAUUUAAUUCAUUUUCAAUGAAGCGUGAAUUGAAGUUUUUGAUCAUAAGUGAGAUAGUCUAUAUGCGAGCUUUAUGCGGUCAUACCGCUAUAUAUCCUAUUCCACUCGGAUACUCCUAUGUAAUUUAAAAAUUUCAAGGAAGUCCCCAAAAUGUAAAUUUUAUCAUAAGCGGAGCUGAAAGAUAUUCAAUAAUAUAUACUACUAAUAUAUGUAUGUAUAGCUCUUGGGUCCCGAUCAAGUGAUAAUUUGCAAAUUGUAUUAAAAUAGUGAAUAGUUUAUAAAAAUACGCCGGCAUUGAAAAUGUUAGCCCGAGCUAUCUCUAGAGCGUGUAAG